AUGGCAGCCGAAACUUCAACUCCUAAGCGGCGGAUAUAUCUCAAUGGCUUCGACAUGUUCACUGUAGGCCAUCUUUCCUUUGGCCAGUGGAAGAACCCGUCCGAUCGAUCAGCAACCAAGCGACGGGACCUAUCUUACUGGACUGAUUUGGCCAAAAUUUUGGAGAAAGGCGACUUUAAUGCGCUGUUUCUUGCCGAUACCUACGGGCUGUAUGACACGUAUAAGGGCACGGCAGAACCCGCUAUUCGAAACGCAGCUCAGUAUCCCAUGGGGGAUCCUUCCAUACCAAUCUCAGCGAUGGCAUCGGUAACGAAGAAUCUUGGGUUCGCAAUCACCACUUCGACUUCGUAUGAAGCGCCAUAUGUUGUCGCAAAGAGGUUUUCCACUCUAGAUCAUCUGACCGGCGGUCGGUUUGGGUGGAACAUUGUGACAUCAUGGAAGCAAUCCGCCGCAAAAGCCGUGGGCUUGCCCCUGGUAGAUCACGACAAGCGGUACGAGAUAGCCGACGAGUACCUGACUUCUCUUUACAAACUGUGGGAGGGUAGUUGGGCCGACGAUGCGCUCCAAGAGAAUGCCGAAACUGGGGUGUAUGCCGAUCCAAGCCGAAUCAGAUACAUCCACCAUCACGGAGAGCAUUUCCAGUUUGAUGGUCCCCAUAUUCUGGAUCCAUCUCCACAGCGUACUCCAUUCCUCUUCCAGGCCGGGACAUCCCCUGCAGGAGUAGCCUUCGGCGCUAAACACGCAGAAGGUGUAUUCGUGUCGGCUCCAUCACCACAUAUCCUUGCCCCACGUAUCCAAGCGAUCCGCGAAGAAGCGGCAAAGAACGGCCGAGAUCCCCGAUCCGUGAAAGUGUUUGCCAUUCUCACACCGAUUGUGGGUCGAACAGAAGAGGAGGCGCAGGCGAAGUACCGCGAGGCUCUGAAAUACGCCAGUGAAGAGGCGGGGCUUGCUUUCUUCUCCGGUGGAAGUGGUAUCGAUCUCAGCAAGUUCGACCUAGAUACACCUAUCAUGGCGUCAGAUGUACAUGUCGACGCUCGAGUGCAUUCGACGAUCAAUACGCUCUCCUACCAGAGUCCCGAUGUACCUGAAUGGACGCCAAGAAACAUUGGCAAGCACAUCUCCAUUGGUGGAGCGGGUCCAGUUCCAGUUGGGUCCGCAAGUACCGUCGCGGAUUUCCUGGAGGAAUGGGUCCGUGUGGCGGACUUGGACGGGUUCAAUAUUGGCUAUGUUCAAACACCCGGGACUUUUGAGGAUGUUGUUGAGCUCCUCGUACCGGAGCUCCGACGUCGGGGGCUGUACGCACCCCUGAAUGAAAGUGGUACAAUGCGCGAGAGGGUCUAUGGGCCUGGGCAAAAUCGUUUGAGAGAUGACCAUAUCGGAAAGAAGUACGGAUAUGAGACGUAUGACAGCCAGUAG